GUAAAUCUAGAAUACGGUUGAUCUAAGUACGACGUGUCAUCCCUUUACAUAAGGUAAGUGCUGAAAGCCUUUCUCUAAUAGUUCAGUAUCUGCAAUAGACAGUGGAGGUAAAGGUGACCGCCAAUGCACGCCGCAGUACGAAAAUCCGUGGCCUCGGCAUACAUAUUUUUUUCUUCAUAUUAUCAAUUAUUUGUAACAUUGUUAUAUAGGAGGGGUGGAAAUUAAACCCUGCUUCUGAUUUAACACUAUCUAAACUAGAGGGAGGCAAAGUCACUAUGGAUAAUGUAUGAAUGUCUGGCGGUUAAACCAACACAGUUGGUGAACUCUCAAUACAUAUUAUGACCUCAUUACGACACAGUUUAAAUAUCCUUAAGACAGGAAUCUGCGGGAAACAUUGGACUUUCGAACGAAUUCUCUAUGAGAAAAUCUAACCGAUUUCCCGAGCUGACGUGCAAGAGUGACCGAGAGAACAACACUGGUUGACCUACGAUGACUGCUGGCGAUGGUAUCCCACAGCAUCACAAUGCACGACUGGUGACAAGCAGUUGACACAUACGAGCUUUAAAAGGACUGAUCAUGAAAUGGCUUACUUUCACCCGAAUACUUCUUGUAGCGCUACUUCUUUUGGCGAUACUGUGCCUAAACUUGGAAAAAGACAUUUUCAAAGCUACACUUUACAUCAGAAAUAGGACCCGGACUUACGGUUUGUUAGACCAAAAACGUACUGCAGAAAGGAUACAGUCUGAGAGAAUCGCAACUUUGAAAAGUUACUGCAGGACGAACGACACCAAAACCACGGAAUUUCCGACGCGAAGACGAUUCAUUGUUAAUGAAAGAUAUAAACUUCUAUAUUGCCAAGUAUUUAAAACUGGAAGCACAACUACGUUAACCAUUUUACAUAACCUUGAACACAAUGACAGAAGAAAUACACACGACAUGAGAGAACAACUCAAUGACUUGCCAUUCAAGCGGCUCAAUACCUAUUCUGAUGAGGAAGUACGUUUUCGAUUUGAGACGUACACCAAGCUUAUUAUUGUCCGGAAUCCAUUAGAGAGACUUGUAUCAGCAUGGGAGGACAAAUUCUCUUACGCCCCUUCACGAUUCGGAUACCGGAAACAGUAUCAUUCUAUGCUUAAAACACUUCUCUCAAACACGUCAAACACAGAGUUAGGACCAUUUAAACUGCUUCCCGAAGGUACUGACAAUAGAUCAUACCCAAUAGUUCCGUUCCCGGCAUUUAUUAAAGCGGUUGGAACGAACAGGACGGAGUGGCAAGAUCCUCACUGGCAGCUGAUUUCAGACCUAUGUGCCCCUUGCCAAAUUGACUACGACUUCAUCAUGCACACGGAGACAAUAGCGGAAGAUUACCAGUUGUUCUUCAGGAAGGCUGGAAUCGUUGGGAGAGAAUACCUGAUCCCGGAAGUACGACAGAGGAAAGGUGAUAGACUAUUUUGGGAUUUCUAUAAAGAAAUACCAAUGGAAGAUUUGUGGCAAAUCAAACAAAAGUUUAAAGUAGACUAUGAUAUGUUUGGAUAUAACUUCCAUGAUGACAUUGUAAGAUUUUUUAGCCGUUAAUUCUUUGAAGAUCUUUGUAUUUUCUCCAAAACUAUUUUAGUCCAGUUAAUAUUUGUUCAAACAUUACGAUAAUUUUGUUGAAUAAUUCUGGAUUUGAGAAACAAAAACAUUGUGUACUAUAAUCCCUACCAACCAUAAUGUUACAAAUUGUUGAAACGUAUCUUACAACCUUCCAAAACUGCUACUUUUAGAUGCAAUUUCCGUUAACAUUAAAAGGCAAAACUUAAUUAGCUUAUUACAUUGAUCUUACAUGGAAAGAGAGUAAACCAUCCUUGUUAUUCAUAGAUGUUUGCAAUACCAAAGUUCUGUUUUAUGUCUUAUACGUAAGUUUUUUUUUUACAUAACUUAAAUCACGGAAGCUUUGAAAACAUGUGUAGUAUGCUAGUUUUAUGGUAACAAUGUUUGAUUACAUGGUGAGAUCCUAUGAAGUCAGUUAUCUAAUAAAACAUAUUUCAUCAUGGUGA